UGCCGGUGCCGGGCCAUGGGGCCGGGCCCGGGGCUGGCGGCCGCGCUGCUGGCGCUGCUGGUCCCGGGCGAGGUGUCCCCGGGCGGCCGCUUCGACUGCGGCCCCGAGCGGCUCCUGUCGCGGGCGGGCUGCGAGGCGCGGGGCUGCUGCUACAGCCCCGGGCCCGGGCCCCGCGCCGGGCCCGGCCCGCCCUGGUGCUUCUUCCCCCGCGGCUACCGCAGCUACCGCGCCGAGAACCUGACGGCCACCGAGAGCGGCUUCUCCGCCCGGCUGCACCGCGUGGCCGCCGCCUUCCUGCCCGGAGCGGUGGACGAGCUGCGGCUGGAGCUGGCGCUGGAGACCCCGGCCCGCCUGCGCUUCACGCUCCGGGACGCGGCCCGGCCGCGCUAUGAGGUGCCGCUGGCCACGCCGCGGGUGCGCGGCCGAGCCCCCUCCACGCUCUACGGGCUGCAGCUCAGCCUGGACCCCUUCGGCCUCGUCGUGUGCCGGCAGCGCGGCGGGAGAGUCCUGCUGAACACCACGGUCGCACCCCUCUUCUUCACAGACCAGUUCCUGCAGAUCUCCACCUCCCUGCCCUCCCAUUUCAUCUCGGGGCUGGGGGAGCACCUGACACCGCUGUUCCUUGACACAGCAUGGACCAGGGUCACGCUCUGGAAUCGGGACAUGGCACCUGCGCCCCACAUCAACCUCUACGGCUCCCACCCUUUCUACCUGGUGAUGGAGGAUGAUGGUUCAGCCCACGGUGUCUUUCUGCUGAACAGCAACGCGAUGGAUGUGCUCCUGCAGCCCAGCCCGGCCCUGACCUGGCGCACGACCGGGGGGAUCCUGGACUUCUACAUCUUCCUGGGCCCCGACCCCAAGAGCGUGGUGCGGCAGUACCUGGAUGUGGUUGGGUACCCCUUCAUGCCCCCGUACUGGGGCCUGGGCUUCCACCUGUGCCGCUGGGGCUACUCCUCCACCGACAUCACCCGGCAGGUGGUGGCCAACAUGACAGCAGCCCGCUUCCCCCUGGAUGUGCAGUGGAACGACCUGGAUUAUGCAGAUGCCAAGAGGGAUUUCACCUUCAACAAGAAAGGCUUCAAGGACUACCCAGAGAUGGUGCGGGAGUUCCAUGACCGCGGGCUGAGGUACAUCAUGAUCGUGGAUGCUGGGAUCAGCAGCUCGGGGCCCCCUGGCAUGUACAAGCCCUACGACGAGGGCCUGAAGCGAGGGGUGUUCAUCCGAAAUGCCACGGGGCAGCCCCUGAUCGGGAAGGUCUGGCCAGGCCCCACAGCCUUCCCAGACUUCACCAACCCAGAGACUCACAAGUGGUGGCACGACAUGGUGAAGGACUUCCACGAACAAGUGCCCUUCGAUGGCAUGUGGCUUGACAUGAAUGAGCCGUCCAACUUCGUGGAGGGCUCCCAGGAUGGCUGCCCCAACAACAACCUGGAGCAUCCCCCCUACGUGCCAGGUGUGUUUGGAGGACGCCUGCAGGCCGGGACCAUCUGUGCCUCCAGCCAGCAGUACCUGUCCUCUCACUACAACCUGCACAGCCUGUACGGGCUGACCGAGGCCAUCGCCUCCCACAAUGCUCUGCUGAGGGUCCGGGGCAAGCGUCCCUUCAUCAUCUCACGCUCCACCUUCGCUGGGCACGGGCGCUACGCCGGGCACUGGACAGGGGAUGUUGGCAGCGACUGGGAGCAGCUCUACUACUCCAUACCAGAGGUGCUGCUCUUCAACCUCUUCGGGGUGCCGCUGGUGGGUGCCGACAUCUGCGGCUUCCUGGGCAACACCAGCGAGGAGCUGUGCGUGCGCUGGACCCAACUGGGCGCCUUCUACCCCUUCAUGAGGAACCACAACGACCACGGCACCCGGCCGCAGGAGCCCUUUGCCUUCAGCCCGCCCGCCCAGGCUGCCAUGAGGAACGCCCUGCGCCUCCGCUACUCCCUGCUGCCCUUCCUGUACACGCUGUUCCACCGGGCUCACAGCGCCGGCCAGACCGUGGCACGGCCCCUGUUCCUCGAGUUCCCCACAGACCCCAACACCUGGGCCAUGGACCGCCAGCUCCUGUGGGGCGAGGGGCUGCUCGUCACCCCCGUGCUGGAGCCAGGACAGACCAAAGUCAGCGGCUACUUCCCAGCAGGGACGUGGUACAGCCUGGCAGGGGAUUCCACCAUCCACAGCAAAGGGCAGUGGAUCCUCCUGCCAGCGCCCCUGGACACCAUCAACGGGGUGGGAUGUGCAGGGACUGAGGGAGCAGUACUGUGA